AAAAAAUAGGAGAGGAAUGACAGACUAAAUAAAAAUAAUUUUUAAAUAUAUCUAAUUCUAUAGAUGAAGAUUUCCAAUCGACCUCACAGUCGCAGCAGGAAAUUGAGACUUCUACUGAGUCAUUUAGGUGUAGUUCAAUGCUGGAAAUGAAUGGGGAUGAUUUCGUGAAUAGUUCUGAUAUUUUUAAUAUUAAGAAUUAUUUCUACCAUACUCCAAAAAAGACACAUAGGAAAUGUUCUUUAUGCCAGAAGAUGUAUCGAGUUAGUACGGCGACAAAAUAUCCAGGCUGUGAUAGAGUUGGGAAAGAAUAUUUUUGGGGAAGAGAAUUUUUGCUUAAAUAGUGACGAAUGCGAUUUUUUAAGGCAACUAGAAUUAUUUUUAUACCCAUUUUAUAAAAUAACAUGUGAAAUAUCAUCUGAAAAAUCCCCUACAAUAGGGGGCAAUUCUCUACAUCGACAAAAUUUAUAGGGAGUUAGAUAGGCAUGCUGCCUAUCACUCUAAUGAGGCUAUUAAAAUGGCUUCCAAGAUAAUGUUAAAAAAAUGCGCCAUAUAUACAUCCCUCAUGACAAAAUUUGAAAACUACGUAGGUAGUUUUCUUGACCCAAAAAUCAAGAAAAUCUUUAUCCCUAGUUUUAUGAAUUCAUCCGGAUAUUAUGAAAGAUUUAAAGACUUAUUUAAUAAUUAUCAAGCUUCAUCCAGUCAAGAAUAUGAUUAUGAGGAUCCCGACUCUACUAUGAUGUCGGUAAAUAUAUUGAAUGAGUUGAGAAGAGAUGCUUGUGUUAAGCAAAAUCCGGCUUUAGACGAGAUUGAGGAUUAUUUGGCGGAUCCUGUGGCUAAGACAACAGUGGAUGUUCUUGGUUGGUGGUCUGGAAAUUCCAAGAGAUUCCCUAGGUUGUCGAAUAUGAGAUUAUUUAGGGCAACAAACAACAUCGGUUGCGAGUGAAAGAUUGUUUUCAAGGGCUGCCGAUAUUUAUACCAACAAAAGAAACAGAAUGUCAUCGUCAACUCUGAAAGAAUGUCUUUCAUUAAAUUCAUGGGACAUUAAUAUUUUAAAUUUAAAGGAAGAUUUAUGGAAAUAAUUUUUU